CUGGGCGCCGCCAUAUCGCGCCCGCUCCGCUCGGCAGCUCCCCGGCGUCCGCCCGAGCCCCGGCCCCAGCCAUGUCCGAGAGCUACGAUUUCCUCUUCAAGUUCCUGGUGAUAGGAAGUGCUGGUACUGGGAAGUCCUGUCUCCUGCACCAGUUUAUAGAGAAUAAAUUCAAGCAGGAUUCCAACCACACGAUUGGAGUGGAGUUUGGGUCGAAGGUGGUUAACGUCGGUGGGAAAACGGUGAAACUGCAGAUCUGGGAUACGGCGGGACAAGAACGGUUUAGGUCGGUGACUCGGAGCUACUACCGCGGUGCAGCCGGGGCCCUGCUGGUGUACGACAUUACCAGCCGGGAGACUUACAACGCACUGACUAACUGGCUGACGGACGCCCGGACCCUCGCCAGCCCCAGCAUCGUCAUCAUCCUCUGCGGGAACAAGAAGGACCUGGAUGCGGACCGGGAAGUGACCUUCCUGGAAGCCUCCCGCUUCGCGCAAGAGAACGAACUCAUGUUCCUGGAGACCAGCGCGCUGACCGGGGAGAACGUGGAAGAAGCUUUCUUAAAAUGUGCCAGGACCAUACUAAACAAAAUUGAAUCAGGUGAGCUGGACCCCGAGAGGAUGGGCUCAGGCAUCCAGUACGGAGACACCUCCUUGCGCCACCUGCGCCAGCCCCGCGGGGCCCAAACACAGAGCAAGCAGCCGUGCAACUGCUGAGUGCGACGGCACCAGGAGUCUGUCUGCAAUGCUGUACCUUGGCCAGUCGGGCCCCCCGGGGCUGAAGCACUUUCUCUUCUCUUCCCAGGACCACGUGCCUCGCUCGCUGAGCCCCCUGCUUCCCGAGCCGCCCGCCCCUGGGCCUCCGGCAAACUGGCCGUUUGAUUGUAUGCAGCCACGGUGUCUUCUGUCGGCCGCUCCCUGCCUGCUGCUCGUCCCCCUGAACCUGAGGCUGGCGUGGGCCCGGCUCAAUAACGCUGAAGUAACGGGGCCCCGGCCAGCCGCCCGGAGCUAAUUGCUGCUCUGGGUAGGAGCGUUAACGCCAGGGCGAGGGGGGAGCGGGUUCUCCUUGGGAGAUGGUUCGUUUGGAGUUGUCUCCUGCUGCUCGGAGCUAGGCAGGUGCGGGGUGUCUCUUAGCCUGGGGUUGCCUGUCCCGCGUGGGAGCUCGGGAGCGGUUCCCUGCAGCGUGCGGCUGGCUGGGCGGGGAUUUCUGUUACACUGGUUUUGCUUUUGAAGCCGGGGUCUGGCUCCGCCGGGCUCCACCUCGUCUCGCUGCUUUUCCCCCAGCCAGCCAUUGCGCUCCCGAGCACUGUGCUUGCGAACUCCGCCUUGCCCCGGGCGGCGGGACGUCGGGGCUGGGCGGCUGGCGCGGCCCCUUUGAAAUACUGUAGCUUAAUACUGGACCAUUGGCAUCUGGGGCCACUCCUGUCUCCGGGACUCUGACUUGGCUGGAAGCUGCUCUCAAAUGGUUUAGUCUCGUGCAGUGCCCGUGGCAGGAGCCCUCCGCGGCUCGUGCGCCGAAUCCCUUGGGCGGGCGCUGGGAUCUGGGUUUUAAACCCCCCUGGCAGAUGUAACAGCACAUCCGCAUCUCAAACCAAGCCACCUACCGGGCCAGAAAGGCCAGGUCUCCUGAGGCGGGGUAACGUGCCCACAGCACCUUCCCCUCCAGGGGCCGGUUCGAAUCCGGCCCCGCGGGGUCCAGACCCAGGGUCACGUUUUCAAGAGUGCCGAAGGGACAAGCUCCAAAGGCCUGUCGAAAGCCAAUAGGAUCUGGGCUCCUAAAUCACCUAGUGCUCUGAGUGUUAACUGCCUCUGGCUCUCAUCUGGCCCCUUCGGGGCUCCUGUAAUGGCCCCAGCCGGCUGAGAGGGGCUCGCCCUGCCACUGCCCAUCCCUACCCGCCCUGGGCAGAGUCUAGCUGGAGCCGGUGGCCUCCCUGAGCAGCCAGAGCCCGUCUGCUUUGUCCUCACGCAGCCCCUCGCCUGCGCCCCCUCCCCGUCCCUCUCACCUCCUCCGGCAGCAGUGAUCCCUGGCCCCCUCGUACAGCUCGGCCGGGCUACGGCCCUGGGGUCUCUCUCCUAAUCCUUGGCCCAAACCAUCGCACGGCCCACACGGCCCUCCUGGUAACCGCCAAACCAGUGAUACGCAAUAGGCGGCCCGCGGGCCAACUGUGGGCCACCCCGGCUUCCCGGGGGCCCGCCAGCUCCCCUUACAAAACGUGUGUAAUUCAAUUCAGUCCAUGAUGCGCUGCCUUAGCAAGCGACUUACCCAGCCUGACGUUCUGGCGAGAGCGUCACCCCCGCCCCUUUUGUCGUUAGUGAUGGAAACAGAGCCACAAACGAAUGCGACUGGGCGUAAACGUCACCAAGUCGGCAGCGGAAACCGAGCUUUUAACCCGAACUGGCCAGCGGGUUUUCUCUUAGGUCGGCUCGUCAAGUUGCCAAACGGCCGUAUCCGUCCGGAAGGUCGCCACGGUGAAUCAAAGUAACUUGGCCGCGGCCUGUCCUCCUGGCAGUGUUGUAAGACGGGACAAGAUGGAAAAUCUGCGGUCUCUGUAUUGCACUUCAAAUGUCCUCCUCACCCCAGCAGCGACUGCAGGGAAAAGCAGCGGCUGCUUCUCUUCGGAGAAUGUGGGUACUAGCGCAAAAGAAACGGCCUUUCCUGGCUGCCGAGCUGGGGCAGGAGGGCCCGCUGGACGUGCGGGGGGAGCUUUUUGCCAGAGGUAAAAACAAAGGUGACACUGAACCGUAUGAAGGAAGUUCCCCCGGCUGAUUCCACGGGCGGUAACUUGAGGGUGGUUUGUCAGCACUGCUUUCCGAUUUACAAAACGCCAAACACGCCUCUGGCUGUGGACGAAUCGAGCGAUUGACGGGACACUGUUUGCUAGAAUUUAUGAGCUAUAUUUUAAAACCCCAGAGGAUUUGCUUUUAUUCGCCAUCCGUUUGUCCGUGCCCGAGGGACCUCGCCCUUCUCAAGCACAGAACCUUCGCAAGCCAAUUGCCGAAGGUGUCUUUCAAUUUCCAGCGCUCAGAUGUCUUGGCAAAAUUCAGAGCAGUGGGUCUUGGUGAUAGCAUAAGAACGUCCAGACCGGGUCAGACCAAAGGUCCAUCCAGCCCAGUGUCCUGUCCUCAGACAGUGGCCAAUGCCAGGUGCCCCAGAGGGAAUGAACAGAGCAGGGAAUCACCAAGUGAUCCAUCCCCGGGCGCCCAUUCCCAGCUUUCUGAGCUUAAUAUGCUGACCAGUUUGGGGAUAGUUAAAAGAUUGAUCCGAAUCUAGCCAUCUAUGUCCUUCUGCCAACCUGGGUUUUCCACCGGGAACAUGAUGAAAAACCCAGCACCCCAAUCGCCUGCCGGACGUCCGCCUUGCCCUGACCACUCACAGCAUGCCCGAGAUCGCUGCCGUCCUCUCUCCCGUUCGAGAGUGCCACUCACAGGGGCUAAUGUCCGUUUGCAGACUUCAUUCGAAGAUAGAACCGCUCCUCCUUCCCUUGUCAAUCAAGGUCUUUAUUUACAGGCAGCUGAAAUGCUUUUCAUUUUAUUUGGUCAGCUACUACCGCCGGCCUCUUGUCCUGACAUUCUCAGAUCGGCCGGGGGGGCGAUCAAAUGGAGUAUCACCGGUGAGGCCAGUGCUGUGUGUGGUGGGGGGACGGGGAGCCCAGCACCUUCACCCCCCUUCACGUGGCUCCAGAGAGCCUUGGGGGGCAUCUGUCCCUGGAUCAGGCUGUGCCCCGUUGAAAGGCUCCGGCGGGGGCGUGGAGGGGAGCAACGAGCGGGCCGCUGUUCGGAGAGGUGGGGCGACCCCCGGCCGUGUGGCUGAGAGAGCUCUGGUGGGUUCCUCUGUUCUUAGGCUUAAGCUGCUGUUAUUUAUUAGGUGGGGGAGGACGGGAGGCUGCUGCCUUUGUGGCUUUCCUCGCCCUCUGCUCUUGCCUGGCCCGUCCCGGGGCGCUGGUGGGAGGACGCAAGCGCGGCUCCGUCCAGCUCCUCCUGAGGCUGGGGUGGGUUGGGGAGAAACGGUUGGAUCCAACCCGGUUUAUAAUUCACACCCUGUGAAAUUUCUUCUCUUUAAAAGAAAAAUCCCUCCGACUUCAGGCUGUGAAAAUGUAACUCGUUCAUAAAGUAUUAAUGUUUUCCACC